CCGGCUCCUCCCCGCGAGUGUGCCUGUCUGCCGCUCGCCGCGCUGAGGCAGUGCGGCGGCGGGCGCGCCGAGGCUGCCGCCCAGCGCCCUGGCCGCGGCCAUGCCCGGGCCCUAGUGUGCCUGCCGCAGCCCGCGCCGAGCGCCCCGCAGCCCGCGCCCUGCAGCCCGGCGCCCGCCGCCGCCUCUUCAAUGGGCAACCUGCUCGGCGGGGUCAGCUUCCGCGAGCCCACCACCGUGGAGGACUGCGACUCCACCUGGCAGACGGACUCGGAGCCCGAGCCGGAGGAGCCAGGGCCAGGUGGCGGCAGCGAGGGCCCGGGGCACGAACCCGAGCAGCCUGCUCAGCCUCCGGAGCGAUUCGGCGGGCGGCCCCGCGUCAGCCCUGCGUCGGACGAGGACGCCGAGGCGGCGGGCGCAGAGCAGGGUGGUGAUUCCUCUGAAGCAACUGUCAAACCAAAGAGAAGUUUUUAUGCUGCAAGGGAUUUGUACAAGUACCGACACCAGUACCCACAGAACUUCAAAGAUAUCCGAUAUCAAAAUGACUUGAGCAAUCUUCGUUUUUAUAAGAAUAAAAUUCCAUUUAAGCCAGAUGGUGUUUACAUUGAAGAAGUUUUAAAUAAAUGGAAAGGAGAUUAUGAAAAGCUGGAGCACAACCACACUUAUAUUCAAUGGCUUUUUCCCCUGAGAGAACAAGGCUUGAACUUUUAUGCUAAAGAACUAACUACAUAUGAAAUUGAGGAAUUCAAAAAAACAAAGGAAGCAAUUAGAAGAUUCCUCCUGGCUUACAAAAUGAUGCUGGAAUUUUUUGGAAUAAAACUGAUUGAUAAAAAUGGAAAUGUUGCUCGGGCUGUUAACUGGCAGGAAAGAUUUCAGCAUCUGAAUGAGUCCCAGCACAACUAUCUCAGAAUCACCCGUAUUCUCAAAAGCCUUGGUGAGCUUGGAUAUGAAAGUUUUAAAUCUCCUCUUGUAAAAUUUAUUCUUCAUGAGGCUCUUGUGGAAAAUACUAUUCCCAAUAUUAAGCAGAGUGCUCUGGAGUAUUUUGUUUAUACAAUCAGAGAUAGAAGAGAAAGGAGAAAGCUCCUGCGGUUUGCCCAGAAACAUUACACACCUUCAGAGAAUUUUAUCUGGGGACCACCUAAAAAAGAACAAUCAGAGGGAAGCAAAGCCCAGAAAAUGCCUGUUCCUCCAGCCUCUAGUCAUAACAGUCAAACGUCUAUGCACAAAAAAUCCAAGGACUCCAAAAAUUCCUCUUCAGCUGUUCAUUUAAAUAGCAAAACAGCUGAAGAGAAAAAAGUGGCACCAAAAGAGUCUGAAGAAGAGACAGACAGCCCCAGCCCAGAGCCCAGCAAUGAAGCUGCCAAACCAGGAAACACAGAAGACAGUGACGCUGAAAGUUCAAAUUCUCAUCCUGAAAAAACAGUUACUACUCCAACAGAAAGAAAGGAGAGUUCUUCUCCUUCUGAAAAAGAUGAAGAAGGCAAAAAUCCUAACAAAGACUGUGAAAAUCCUGGAAAUACCAGUUGUCAUGAUGAGGUACUAUUACAGUGAAUUAUCAGAAAAUCACAAACCUGUUUAGGGUAGGGGAGGAAAUAACUACUGUCUAAUUUAUCCUAAAGAACAGAGAUGAUAUCAUGUUUCCAGUGUUAGCCAUCUGUGUUUUCUCUUGUAAGCAUUUUGUUGUUAUUUGUUUAUCUUAGAUGAUAAUAAAUUGGAUAGUUAGUAAGAAGUUUUUAAGACCAGAUUCAAUAAAUGAAUGUGUUCUGUAACAGUUUUAGGAUGUGAGUUUUCAAAUUCUGUAUAUAACAAUUACUUUAAACUUAUUUUCAAGGUGUCUAGAAAUAAUCAGGUAGUAUUUGAUAUGUGUGUCAAAUACCCUCUUUCAAGAAAUUACAGACUCCGUGGAGAAAAUCAAGACAACAAUUCCAUUGUAUUUUUAUACUUUUACCUGAUUUUUACAUUAAUUUUUGAAAUAGGAAGAGUUUAGUUUUCCAAAUAUAUUCACAAAGUAGUUUGGAUUCUUUGAUCCUAACCCUUCCAUGUGUUUAUUUUUAGAUUCCGAUAAGUGAAAUGGAGGUCCUGGGUGAGCUCUGACCUCCCCAGCUAAUCUGUCAAGUCCUGCUAUCUUCUUUCACCCUCUCCUUGCUCGACAUUGAGCCACCAUCUUUAUCAACUCCCAAGUGUAUUUACAGUGUACAUUAGGAUAAUCUUCUAUGUUGACAUCUAAAGGGAACACAGGGGAACUUUUAAUUGUAUGAUUUCAGGAAUUUUCUUUAAAAUAAUAAUAAAAAUAUUUUCUGUAUUAAGUGCUUAAAAACAAAUUUUGGUGCAAAUGUCCAAAAAAGAACUUUGCUUUAUAUGGCUGUUCCACAUAAAUUUGGUGGUUGAUUCUGGAUGCAAAUGACUGAAGAAUUAUAAAGGGAAAAAGGAAAUUAUCCAUUUUUAAAAGGCAUGCCUCUUGCACUAUCAACAGGCAUGUCUCUUAAUGAGUUAAGUGAAUUAUGAAAUUACUAUGUUGUUUAUUCCACAAUGUAUCUUUUAUUAUAUAUAUGUGUAUUAUAUAUAUAUAUAUGUAUACAUAUAUAUAUAUAUAUAUAUAUAUGUAUAUAGUUUGUGCAUCUUUGUCAAACUUUGAAAUGGAGAAUAGUUUGAAAUUUCAUAUGAUCAGUUCUAGUAAGAACUUAAUUUGUUACUAAUACUGGUUGAAAACAAUUUUAUUGCCUAUAAUAUUAUUACUAAUUAUUAUUACAAAUCAGAAAAUAAUCAGAAACACUGUGAUGAGAACUUCAAAACAUAUAUACAAAUAUAGAAAAAGCAAUGAGUAGAUAAAACAUUUUCACUUCAUAUCAUUUAGAAAUAAAUUGACUUUUUUAAAAAAUCUCUCUUAGGCUUUUAAGAAAAGUUCUGUUCACCUUAACCUUCCAGAGAAUUUUUUUAUAUGUCCUGUUUCAUAUCCCAUAAUAUCAUCUUCUGUUGUCUUUUUUGAUCCAUACUUUUACCAUGGAAUUUCUAGAUAAUAAUCACACGAUAAUAUGCCUUCAGAAAUAUGAUUUUAUUGCUUUGAAAUUUAUGCAAAAACACCCCAGUUGCUUAACCCUGAUUUUUUUAAUCUGAGUCUUAGUAGCACUCAUGUUUUAUUUCAGGUUCCAAUAUAUAGAAUAUAGAGCACUUAGUCAUUUUUAGUUCCCAUAAUAUAUCAAAUUUUGCUUUUUACUGUUUUUUGAGGUAUUAGGAAUUUGAAGUAAUAGUCUAGGUUUUUAUUUCCAUUUCUUUUUUACAUGCAGGAAAUACAUGGAUCCUCUGACAUGGUGCUUGUCGUAGCAAUGUCCCUGUAGAUCUUAAUAAAUAGUUCUGCAGGGUUUAGUGAAUAAGAGUAAAUUGUCAAAUUAGGCUGAAUUGUAGGAAUAAUAUUAAUUUAAUUCAAAAUAUUUUACCAGUUGUGUUGUAGACACUUUUGGACUGUUUUCUAAAUGCUUAAUGUUAAACAUAUGUGACCAUAUUAGUAGCUGGUAACUGUUAAAAUAUCAACAGUUACCAGAUACUAAAAUAAAUGAAUAUUAUCUGAACUAUUUAGAAAUUGUAGUAUAUCAAAACCCGCAGAAGAACAACAUUUCAUUUAACAAUUUAAUUUUUUUAGAAUAUUAUUCCUUAUUAGGGAUUUCAUUAGAUUAUGCUACUUAAUUUGCAAAUACUUAGUCUCAAGGGGACAACUUCCUGGCUUCCAUCUAAAAUAGUGGCCUUUUCCCAUCAUAUGUUUUUUAAAUACAUUUUCAUAUGUGACUAUAGUUUCCUACAUUUAAUCUGUAAAUAAUGAGAGAAUUAUUAAGUGGAGAAUAAGUAGGGAUGCCAUUCCUUUUGCAGAUAAAAAUUGAAUGUCUAGAAUUUUUUCUAUUAAGAAUACUUUGUAUAUUUAAUAGUUUUUUAAAAUAAGAUCUAUAGAUAUGUGUUUAUGUGUGUCUUAGAUAUGAAACCACCCCCUUGGGCUUGACUUAUGUUUUGUAUUUUUAAAAACUACAUGUGCUUGCAGAAAUUUACAGAAAAGCUGUUAUAGAAAAUGCAGUGAAGCAUGGCCAAAUAGCUAGAAUCAUUAUUGAGUAUUUGCAAAUAUAGUCUUUAUUGUUGUACCACAGGCUGCAAGGAUAGUUAAUAUUGGCUAUUAAUAAAAUAGUAACUUGAAUUUCAUGGCAAAUAGAUGUUAUAUUGCUUGUUUAGUCUAGUAUAUUUCUAAUAUUUUGUGCUUUCAUAUAUCAAAGGAGAAAAAAAUAUGUGAAAUUAUUUUGAAAUACUGUAAAGUGAUAUAUAAUUAUAAGAUAUAUUUCUUACAGUAGAGAAGUUUCUAACAUUAAGAUUAUUGUACCAUUAUACAUUGUCAUGCUCAAUCUCAUAAGAAAUUCAAAAGAAUCAUAAAAGAAAUGAAGAUAUAUUUGCUUUCUCUAAAUCAAGUCAGUUGUCAGUUAAAAAAUUAUAUUGUAUAGUUUUUGUUGAGAGCACUUUUCUUCCAGCUUCAAAGAGAAAAUAAAAUUUACAACUCAGGA